AUGGGUUUCAAGUCUGGUCUUGCAAGUGACAGCUGGCCAUGGAUGUCUUUGGACGACGCCAAUAAAAUGGUACAUCGACUCUGCGGACCCUGGCGUGAGGCAGGCGAUGUGACUGGCUCUGAGGUCGAAUGCGAGCAAGUGGUUGAAGGACAUUCGCCGUACUUUCGAAGGACUUCGAAUCGCUCGAUCACUGGCCAUCAAAUGGGGAAGGCAGAUGGUCUUACGGUUCGCCGGGCUACAACAAGCAUGAAGAGUAAGGACCUGUUGGUGUUCUUGAUGAUUCUAUGCCUUUUGACAAUCCCGUUUAUUUUCGCCUACAACAACCUGAUGUAUGGUGUGUCGUACGAGGAUCAGCAGGAAAUAGAUGACGACUUCAUCGCCGACUAUGACGCGUACGACGAACGACUGAUCACUCACAUUCGCAGCUACUACCUACGACCACCAGGGGAUCGUUCUGAACCAUACAAUCUGCUGAACAUGAACCACCAGGAUUACUCACAAAAGAAGCAGUCGCUACUCAGAGACAAGGUACUGAAGGGAAAGCAGAAUGGCUUUUUCGUUGAAGCGGGAGCAUAA